AUGUCUGACGACGACGACAAUGCUGCCCUAUCUGCGCUGCAGUCUGCCCAGUCAAUCAAACGAUUGCGACAGAUAUCCUCCCUACGUGCUGGGGGUAUCAGCGACAAAGUCAACCUGCCCCAACUGAUAGUAGCUGGCGACCAAUCAGCCGGCAAGAGUUCUGUCUUGGAGGGCAUCACGGGCAUUCCGUUUCCACGGGAGGAGGGUGUUUGCACCAAGUUCCCUACCGAGGUCAUUCUCGAGCACACGGAAGGUCCAACAACGGUCUCCGCCUCGAUCAUACCACACUCGCUGCGGCAAGGCGAGGAGCGGGCUGGACUUCAAGCCUACUCAUCCAGUAUUGCUACCCUCGAGAAGUUACCAACCAUCAUCGCCGAGGCAGGUGCCCUGAUGGGCCUUCGUGGCUAUGGCAAUAACGAUCAAGGACCGUCAUUCGUCGAGGACGUACUCCAGAUCAAAGUCACAGGUCCGUCUGGUCUACACCUGAGCAUCGUUGACCUGCCGGGUCUUAUCUCGACUCCCAGCGAAGAACAGACCGAAGAAGACAUGAACACUGUCCACAGGAUAGUCGACUCGUAUCUCGAGAAUCCGCGCACCAUCGUCCUGGCGGUGGUUCAAGCCAGCAACGACAUUGCCAACCAAGGCAUUAUCCGCAAGUCCAAGAAGUUCGACCGAGCUGGGCAGCGCACUGUGGGCAUCAUCACCAAGCCUGACUUGAUCAAUGUUGGUGCCGAAGGAAGAAUUGCCGCACUGGCAAAGAACCAGGACUCCACGAGGCUAGAGCUUGGCUUCUUUCUGCUCAAGAAUCCUACUCCGAGAGAACGAGAAGACAUCGUCACGCAGAAGCAACGCUCCGGGAAUGAGCUGCGCUACUUCCAGUGUUCCCCAUGGAAAGAACAAAGCCUGGACCCGUUGCGAGUGGGCAUCGACAACCUCAAAACUUUCAUUCAAGACUUGCUCGACCAACACAUCGAGAGAGAACUUCCGAAGGUCCGUGACGAUAUCAAGUCCGUUAUCAGGACCACCGAAGAAGAAAUCAUUGCCUUGCCGCCAGAGCGGUCAACUACUGGCCACAUUCGACAGUACCUAUCUGAUAUUGCCAUGCAGUACCACAGUGUUGCGAUGGCAGCUCUGAAUGGUGAAUAUCACACUGGCUAUGCUUCAUUCUUUGCUACUGAUGACACGACGAUCGGAUCGACCAGACUCCGAGCGCUUAUUCACAUCAUGAACACUGAUUUCUCUCAGAUUAUGAGAGAUAGGGGCCAGAUGUUGAGGGCAGAAAAGCAAGAAUACGUAGAGCCAGCCAUCAAGAGUACCAGCUCGGUCCAUGGCCCCAAGAAGAGUAAGAAGAACAAGAAUUUCUCGGCACUUCCAGAGCCAUAUGCCGACGUAUUACCUGUGAACGAUGGACAAAUUCCACCGCAGAUUGCAAAUCACGAACAAGAGAGUGCCAUAGAGCAAGACUGCGUGACAGAGAGUGAGAUGAGAAAUUGGGUGAAGAGGAUCUAUCAGACUACUCGCGGCCGCGAGCUUCCGGGGAACUGCAACCACACGCUACUGACCGAGCUUUUUCACGGGCAAUCCAAGCCAUGGCAGAGGAUCGCGACCGAGCACGUCGCGAACGUCCACAACAGUACUGUUCGAUUCGUGAACCACGUUCUGGCCUACCUGAAGAUUGAAGCGCAUGUGCUCGUAGGAAUUAAAGAAGGCAUCGAAGUCGCAUUACAAGAAAGCAAGACCAAGGCCGAAGAAGAACUGUCGAAGCUGUGGGCCGAUGAACAAGAGCAUCCGAUCACCUACAAUCACUACUACACUGACAACGUCCAGAAAUCGCGUCUAGACGGCACACAAAAAAUGCUCGAGCGCGCCUUGGAGACUGCGAAGGUCAUUAAAGAGGAUUUCCUCGGAACCAAAUCGAUUAGCAACAUCAGUGUCGAAACGCUCAUCGCUGCCGUCCGCAGCAAUGUGGUCGUCGAUAUGGAUGAACAAGCUUGUUCAGAGGCUCUGGACGAGUUGAAGGCAUACUACAAGGUCGCUCUCAAGACCUUCGUAGACAACGUCUGCAGGCAGGUCGUAGAGCGCCACCUCCUACGUAACCUACCCAGCAUAUUCUCUCCGCGAGUGGUCGCAAUGUACACGGAUGAGGAACUCGAGCAGAUUGCGGGUGAGAAACCGGAGAUAGUGAGAAAGAGAAAGCAGCUUCGGGAACAACUUGGAAACCUCAGAGUUUGGCUAGAGGUAUUGCGGAAGUAG